GCUCAAGUUUAUUGGCCCUUGUCCAUUACAAAUCACCACAUCUUUUGAGGUUCUUGUCGUCCAAUCCUCUCGUCGCGAUGAUGGAGGCGAAUCUCGCAAAGCUUGGCGGUUCUCUUCUGGUCCCAUGUGUUCAGGAGCUGGCGAAAGAGGCCAUAACCGAAGUCCCGCCUCGCUAUGUCCGUACCGACCAAGAUCAUCCACUCAUGCACGAUGAUCAUGGAUCUUUGUUGCUUCAAGUGCCAGUAAUUGACCUGAACAAGCUCUCGUCAAGUGAUGACGAUUCGAUGGAGUCUGAGCUUGAAAUGUUGCACUUUGCAUGCAGAGAUUGGGGAUUCUUCCAGUUGAUAAACCAUGGAGUGAGUUGGUCAUUGGUGGAGGAGGUGAAGUUAAAAAUACAAGAGUUCUUCAAGUUUCCAAUGGAGGAGAAGAGGAAGUUUUGGCAACAAGAAGGAGACGUGGAGGGUUUUGGGCAGGCGUUUGUUGUGUCGGAGGAGCAGAAGCUUGAUUGGGGCGACCGCUUUUACAUUGUGUCCUUCCCAAGACAUUUGAGAAAACCUCACCCUUUCCCCAUGCUUCCUUCUCCCUUCAGAGAUGUCUUGGAUAAAUACUCCUCAGAGCUCCGAGAUCUUGCAAUGAAGAUACUCCUUCUCAUGGCAAAAGCUUUAAAGAUGGACACGAAGGACAUGAUAGAACUGUUUGAUGAGGGCAUGCAAGCCUUUAGGAUGAACUAUUACCCUCUGUGUCCGCGACCCGAGCAGGUGAUCGGCCUCACUCCUCACUCUGACGCCAUAGGCCUCACCAUUCUUCUCCAAGUCAAUGAAGUGGAAGGUCUCCAAGUAUGGAAAGAGGGCAAGUGGGUUUCCAUCAAGCCCCUUUCUAAUGCUUUCAUUGUCAAUGUCGGAGACAUAUUAGAGAUUGUCUCGAAUGGUAAUUAUCGUAGCAUUGAGCACCGAGCAACAGUUAACUCGAUGAAGGAGAGGCUCUCGGUUGCCACAUUUUACAGCCCGAAAUUGGAAGGCGAAAUGGGUCCUGCACCUAGCCUAAUCACACCAGACAAGCCAGUAUUGUUCAGAAGAAUAGGGGUCACGGAUUACUUCAGGGGAUAUUACUCUCGUGAGCUCCGAGGGAAGUCAUAUCUUGAUGUUAUGAGGACCAUUCAGGCUGAGGAAAACAGAGGGAAUUGAAUUUGGAUUUCGCAUUCUUAAAGUCACUCGGAAACACCACUUUACGUAGUGUUUCCCUUCAUGGUCAUCUAAGGGAAGAAUUCUAUAA